GCAGCUCCGUAGGCGCCACCAUGAGCGGCCUCGGGGACGGCGCCGGGGACGCCGCCAGCGCCGAGAGCCGCAAGCGCAGAGGCUCCCCCUGCGACCCCGCACACAGUAUCGAUAAGCGGCGCCGGGAGCAGGAGCAGCGCUACCUGGCCGAGCUGGCCGAGCUGCUCUCGGCCAACCUGGGCGAUCUGGACUCGCUGGGCACCAAACCCGAGCAGGGGCACAUCCUGAAAAAAACCGUGGACCAGAUCCAGCAGAUCAAACGCCUCGAGCAGGAGAAAACUCCGGAUGACGACGUGCAGAAAUCCGACAUCUCCUCCAGCAGCCAGGGCGUCAUCGAGAAGGAGUCGCUGGGGCCGCUGCUGCUCGAGGCCCUGGACGGGUUCUUUUUCGUGGUGAACCGGGAGGGCCGGAUCGUGUUCGUGUCGGAGAACGUGACGGGGUACCUGGGCUACGGGCAGGAGGAGCUGAUGAACUCCAGCGUGUACAGCAUCCUGCACGUGGGCGACCACGCCGAGUUCGUCAAGAACCUGCUCCCCAAAUCCCUCGUGAACGGGGUGCCGUGGCCGCAGGAGCCGUCGCGCCGGGGCAGCCACACGUUCCAGUGCCGGAUGCUGGUGCGGCCGCCGGACGAGGCCGGGGCGGAGCAGGCGGAGCUGCGGCAGCGCUACGAGGCCAUGCAGUGCUUCACCGUCAGCCAGCCCCGCGCCUUCCAGGAGGAGGGAGAAGAUUUCCAGUCGUGUCUGAUCUGCAUCGCCCGGAGGUUGCCGCGCCCGGCCGCCCCCGCCGCCACCGAGUCCUUCGUCACCAAGCAGGACACCACAGGAAAGAUCAUCUCCAUCGACACGAGCUCGCUGCGCGCGGCCGGCCGGACGGGCUGGGAGGAUCUGGUGCGGAAAUGCAUCUACGCCUUCUUCCAGCCGCAGGGCCGCGAGCCCUCCUACGCCAAGCAGCUCUUUCAGGAAGUGAUGACGCGGGGCACGGCCUUCAGCCCCUCGUACCGCUUCACGCUGAGCGACGGCUCCGUGCUGAGCGCCCACACCAAGUGCAAGCUGUGCUACCCCUCGAGCCCGGAGCUGCAGCCCUUCAUCAUGGGCAUCCACGUCAUCGAGAGGGAUCACGGGAUUCUGUCCCCGCAGGACGCCCCCGGCCCGGGGCUGGCCCUGGCCAGGGUGACCCCCAGCGCUCCCCCGGCUCCGGCCAUGGCGCUGCCGCCCUCGCUGCCCGCGCCCAACGGCUCCGCGCACCCCGGCGCCUUCGGCAGCGCCCUGAGCCAGAGCGCCGGCGGCUCCCACCACCCCCUGUCCCACGGCGGCUCCCCCAUGCACAGCCCCGGGAUCCCGGCACCGCCGCCCUUCCGGCACCGAGCGAGCCCCGGCUUGGUUCCGCGCUCCAGAGCUCCCUUCUCGCCGGCCAUGCACUCCCCAGCUUCAUCAUCAUCAUCGUCAUCAUCAUCGUCAGGGAACUCCCGGCCUUUUCCCAGCUCGCCCCCGGCCAACCCCGCCUUCCUGAGGCCGCCGAGCUCGCAGAGCUCCCCAGGCCGCGCCAAGGGAGACACCAAGGACGGCGCCUCCGCCGUGCAGGAGAGCGGAGGGGCCGACAGAGCCUCGGAGCCGGGGGGGAUCCCACACGGAAGAGCCUCGGAGCCGGGAAUCCCUCACGGAAGAGCCUCGGAGCCGGGGGGGAUCCCACACGGAAGAGCCUCGGAGCCGGGGGGGAUCCCGCACGGAAGAGCCUCGGAGCCGGGGGGGAUCCCGCACGGAAGAGCUCCGGAGCCGGGGAUCCCGCACGGAAGAGCCUCGGAGCCGGGAAUCCCACACGGAAGAGCCUCGGAGCCGGGGGGGAUCCCACACGGAAGAGCUCCGGAGCCGGGAAUCCCACACGGAGCCGAGGGCAGCGGGGACAGCGGUGCCACCACCACCGCCACCAGCAGCACCACCAAGUGUCCCCAGGGCACGAGCCACCGGCUGGUGCAGCUCCUGGCCAGCACGGCCGAGCAGCAGCUGCGGCACCACCACGACGCCGACGGCGGCUCCAAGGAUUCCUUGGCGUGCGCCGCCGUUCCCGGGAGCUCCGCGCCGGCUCCGCCGCCGUGCCCGUCGUCGCACAGCUCGCUGACGGAGCGGCACAAGAUCCUGCACCGGCUGCUGCAGGAGGGCAGCCCCUCGGACGCCGCCGAGCCCCCCGACAAGAAGGAGAGUUCCGGUGGGAGUUCCGGCGGGAAUUGCGGCGGGAAUGCCGGUGGGAAUGGCGGGGCGGAGGCGGAGAAGAAGAAGGAGAGCAAGGACCACCAGCUGCUGCGGUACCUGCUGGACAAGGACGAGCCCGAGGCGGGCACGGGCGGCACCGGGAGCGGCCCCGACGGCGCCAAGGCCAAGGCGGAGAAGGGCGAGGCCCCCGAGGCGUGUCCGGCCCCGCCCGCCGGCAUUCCCAAAAUUCCAGCCGGGGAUGAGGCCAAGGUGGAGGCCACGGGACAGUUCCCAGCGGAGCUGGAGCAGCUGGAUCAGCUCCUGCCCGCCCUGGACAAAGCGGCCCCGGUGCCCGACAGGAGCGACCCCGCCGGGACCGGAGGAGUGACCGGAAUGUCGGGAAUGUCGGGAAUGUCGGGAAUGUCCGGAAUGGCCGGAGUGUCCGGAGGAUUGUCGGGAAUGUCGGGAGUGUCCGCAGUGUCCGGGGUGUCCCCCCUGCAGCCCAGCACGGCCGCCAGAGCCCCCGCAGCCGUUCCCGAGGUCGACGUCUCCGUUGCCGACCCCGUCCUGGCCGUUCCCGUGGUUCCGGAGCCGCUGCCCUGGCCCGGCCUCGCCAAGGGCGACGAGCCGUGUCCCCUGGAGGAGCUGCUGGUGCCGCCGGGCAGCGCCGAGGGCCGCAGCGAGGAGAAGGCGCUGCUGGAGCAGCUCGUCAGCUUCCUGAGCGGGAGGGACGAGACCGAGCUGGCCGAGAUCGACCGAGCCCUCGGCAUCGACAAACUCGUGCAGGGCGGAGGCCUGGACGCCCUCAGCGAUCGCUUCCCGCCCCCGCCGGCGCCGCCGCUGCUGCUGGAGCCCAAGGCGGGGCUGUUCCCGCAGCCCUUCCCGCCUUCAUCAUCCUCAUCAUCAUCAUCACCAUCACCAUCAUCAUCAUCAUCCUCAUCAUCCCCGUUCCCGGCCGUGCUGCGGCAGAAGGGGCCCUUCCCCGUGCCCGGCCCUCCUCAUCCUCCUCAUCCUCAUCCUCAUCCUCCUCACCCUCCUCAUCCUCACCCUCCCCCGGCGGCUCCCGGGGCGGGGGGGGCGCGCGGAACCUUCCAGAACAGCCCCGGAGCCGCCCUGGGCGUGGCCAGGCCGGGGCUGGGCCGGCCCCCGAGCGCCCCAACCAGCUGCGGCUGCAGCUGCAGCAGCGCCUGCAGGGACAGCAUGGCUGCUCCCAACCAGCUCCGGCUGCAGCUGCAGCAGCGCCUGCAGGGACAGCAGCAGUUGCUGCAGCAGAACCGCCAGGCGGCGCUGCUGGGGCACUUCGGGGCGCCCGUGGGGCUCUCGCUGCGCGCCGGGAUCCCGCAGCAGCAGCAGCAGCCGCAGGCGCCCCUGAACGCGCAGAUGCUGGCGCAGCGGCAGCGGGAGCUCUACAGCCAGCAGCACCGGCAGCGGCAGCUGAUGCAGCAGCGCGCGCUCCUCAUGCGCCAGCAGCAGCAGCAGCAGCAGCAGCAGCAGCAGCAGCAGCAGCAGAAUUUCGGCAAUUCUCCCCUGGGGACCCCCAUGGGAACCCCAAUGGGAACCCCGAUGGGAACCCCAAUGGGGACACCCAUGGGAACCCCAAUGGGGACCCCGAUGGGGACGCCCAUGGGGACCCCGAUGGGGACGCCCCGGCAGCCGCAGCAGCCGCAGCAGCCGCAGUUCCCGUUCCCCACGGCCGCGUUCGGUACGAGCAGCCCCGCGUUCGGGGGUCCCGAGGGGGCGCUGGGGGCGCGCGGGGGCCUCGGGGGCCGCGCCGUGAUGGGAGCGGCACCGGCGGCGGCGGCACCGACGGCGGCACCGGCAGCGCCCUACGGAGCCGGGAUGGGCCCGGCCGGGAUGCAGCAGAACCUCUUCCAGUACCCGGGGACAGGGCUGGGCCAGCAGCCGGAGCCGUCGGGAUUCGCGCCGGCGGCGGCGCUGAGCCCCGGCAGCCCCCUGGUGUCGCCGCAGCUGCCGCCGGCGCCGCCCGCGCCCGGCUACCAAUCGCCGGAGCUGAAACCAUGGCAGGCCGGGAACGUCGGGAAUAACGGCGUUUUCGGCCCGGCGGGCGCGGCGGCGCCGGCGGCAGCGCAGGGGAUGUACAACAACAUGAGCAUCACCGUCUCCAUGGCCGGCUCCGGCACCGGCAUUCCCGGCUCCGGCACCGGCAUUCCCGGCUCUGGAGGAAUUCCCGGCUCUGGAGGAAUUCCCGGUUCCGGCGGAAUUCCCGGUUCCGGCGGCGUUCCCGGCGGUUCCGGCGGCGUUCCCGGCAUGGGCGCCAUGGGCGGCGGCCUUGCCAUGAAUCCCGUCAUGGCCGGCAUCAACUCCAUGUGCUCGGAGCAGGUGCCCGAGGCGGCGCUCCGGCCCCCGGGGCUGUUCUGUGCCCAGCUGGGCCCCGCGGAGCUGCUCAAGGCCGAGCCCGACGGCGCCCAGGUGCAGCAGGUUCAGGUGUUCGCCGAUGUCCAGUGCACCGUCAACCUGGUGGGGGACCCCUACCUGGGCCCCGCCCCCCCCGGCGCCCUGGGCACCCCCAAAACCCCCGGCGGGGCCCCCCCGGCGCCGCCCGCGCCCGGCAAGAGCCUCCUGCAGCAGCUCCUCACACGAUGAACCCCA